AAAGAAUCUCCAUGACUCUGCCAUGAUGCGAAAACACUCUACGGAACUGAUCUCUGCCAGUAUAAUAUCAUCAUGGACGUCUUGAUCGAGGACAAGGAUCUCCUUUUCCCCCAAGUCUUCUCUCAUCUCGAUGCCGUCCAGGCGCAACCGGGGACAGUCUUACUGGACGAAGAAUUGCUGAGGCGAGCGGAACGAUCUCUGGAUGCCUCGACGCCAAACAGCCUCUUAUGGCAGCUUCUCGCCAGAGGAGAAAAACUUCUCCAAGAUCUGCAGCAGGAACCCAGGCCUCUCACGCGACUGCUUGAACGCAAUGUCUCGCUGUUGCCGUUUGAUGAAUUGAAAACCACCAUUUCUACCGCAAAGCUUGAGGAAGGCUUGACAUCUCCGUCCAUAUCUAUUCAACUCCUCUGUUUAGCAUAUCUGCGAAGGGCUGCAGACUCACCUAGUGGCGCCUCAUUUGUCGCAGCAAGCUCAAGCUUGGUACAAUGCUUGUUUACGGUCUGGCUGUCGUCAGAAAGCACUGAGGUGGCGGAGCGCUCCUUGGAAGGGAUUGAGGCUCUACUCGCUGUUGACAGUCAAACCAGCGUGACUGUUUUAGCAUCGGAAGAUCGUCUACACGAAGCGCAAGGGCAAGGUCUGCUGUGGCGGAGAGUGUUGACCGAUCCGGACGUUUACUCCAUUCUUUUUGAAUGGACUUCCCUCCAGGUAUCCAAACGCGACCUCAAAACCAAGAAAGGGCUGCAGUCAGUCACAAUAUCUCAAGCCAGACUCUUCGAUUUCAUCGCGAGGAUGGCGAAGUACAACUGGGCCGCGAUAUCGACUUCCAGUCUACCCGUCAUUGAGGCCAAAUUCAUAGUGGGAAAUAGCGAUAGUCAGCCUUUUGGUGGAUUGCUGCGCUAUGCGGCAUCACAUAUGGUCGACCAAAACGACAUACUGAUGGAGGUGUUGCGACGAAAUUUCUUCAUGGAACUGCUUGGAACGAUUGAAGCGAGCGAUGCCCAGAGUGUGCCAUCUCGGCUACUGGAAGCCAUUCAACAAGAAGUUGGGGCCAAUUCCGAGAAAGAAGGGGACGAUGCUGGCAUGCGGCUCUAGUUACGUAUUUUCUCCCAUUGGGCGCUGUAUUGUCAAGAGCCACCACACUACUUCCACGUUCAUACGGAUCACGGCAGAUCACCCGAGGUGGUCUUCCGACUUGUGUCCCCUGCAAUGUGCUCCGUCCCCUCCGACAUCAUGUCUGUCUCACGCAGGAUAGUGAUGUUCUAGAGCGAGAGGACUAGCCUUCAAUCAAUGAUAUAUCUGGAGGGGGUCUGCAAUGGCCAAUGACGAUCUUCGAAUGUCUUGCCGUCCACUGUUCUGCGCCGUUUGUCGUGCGGCAACCGACACAAACCCCGUUUUGACA